CUGUCUCUCUGUCAGCCACUGUAUCACUCACACAGAAAUAAUCUUAAAGUCUUCUUAUGCAAAUCAAUGCCGAUAACUAUUUUUGCACCAACUUCACGCAAAAGUGCUUAUGUGUAUGUUUUUUGCAUUAUCUCCCUGUGCCACCACCAGCCUCCAUGUAGCUGGACAAACGCUGACUACUUGGUGAGGGUCAUAAAAUGAACGCCUCAUGCUGUGAUCCUGCAGUCAUCAUGUAUCAGCAGAGCUCAGGAUUUGACCUCAAUGCCAGCUGUGACUGGCUGACCGCUCCCUGUAACAGGACAUCGGUGGACAGAGCUCUGCAGCUGCCCACCUUUUCUACAGCGGCCCAAGUCAGAGUGAUCAUUACCUUCAUUCUGUGUGGCAUUGCCACAUUCUGCAAUUUGGCUGUGCUGUGGACUGUCAAUGGCCACAAGCGCAAAUCCCACGUCCGCGUGCUGAUAAUCAACCUGACUGCGGCCGAUCUCUUGGUUACUUUCAUCGUGAUGCCUGUGGACGCAGUGUGGAACAUCACAGUUCAGUGGCUGGCCGGAGACCUGGCCUGCAGAUUUCUGAUGUUCCUCAAGCUGCAGGCCAUGUACUCCUGUGCCUUUGUCACAGUGGUGAUUAGUCUGGACAGGCAGUCGGCCAUCCUCAGCCCUCUGACAAUCAGCAUGGCCCGCAAAAGAAACCGAGUCAUGCUGAUGGUGGCGUGGACUAUGAGCGCCCUGUUCUCAAUCCCUCAGAUGUUCAUUUUUCAUAAUGUGACCAUCACAUAUCCAGCCAACUUUACUCAGUGCACAACUAGGGGGAGCUUUGUCACUCACUGGCAGGAAACAGCCUACAACAUGUUCACCUUCUCUUUCCUCUUCCUGCUGCCGCUGGUCAUUAUGAUUGUCUGCUACACCAGGAUCUUCAUCCAGAUCUCCAAACGGAUGAGGAAAAAUAACUCGUCCUCAAACGAGCCACAUCUCCGUUGCUCAAAGAACAACAUCCCCAAAGCUAGAAUGAGAACUCUGAAAAUGAGCAUCGUCAUAGUGAUCUGCUUCAUCGUCUGCUGGACUCCCUACUACCUGUUGGGUUUGUGGUACUGGUUCUUCCCCGACGACCUGGAGGGGAAAGUCUCCCACUCCCUCACCCACAUCCUUUUCAUCUUUGGGCUUUUCAACGCCUGCCUGGACCCGAUCAUCUACGGCCUGUUCACCAUGCGCUUCCGCAGGGGGCGAAGGAGCUGCCACUGCAACGCCACAGUGAUGUCAGACCUGGAAACUAAGGCCACCAUAAGGAAAUGUACAGCCACUGCUCUGCCCUAUGAAAAGAGGAUAGUUACUGAUGAGAAAGACAGAAGCUGUCAGGCUCCUCUGAAGGGAGAGAUCCUUGUCAUUUCAGCGCUGAGAGUACAAAAUAAUCCGAAAACAGAACAGAACCAGGAUCUUGACACUGCUAAUAGAACUGCUUAACCAAUUUCACCUGUUUCAGGGUUGUCUGUAGCCUUGGAAACAGAUAAAUCUGCCAGCUCGUGUGUUUCAUCUGCUCUGGCAGAGGAGCUUGGUCCUCCUGUCGGUCGGGCAGAUUUCCAGCCGACCACAUCUAGGUCGGUCCAAUUCCAGCCUUAGUGCUUUGUUUUUGGCUCGUGCCCCCUCGCCCAGGGAAAAACAGGGAGCAGAAACCGAGCUAAGUAAAGAGGAGCGUCGUUGAGGCAUUUUCAACGGAUGUGGAACGUUCUGUUGAAGUGCAAUUUUAAAAUUCUGAUGGCAACGCAUGUUAACACACAUGUCGAUGCUACACUGUCACAGCUCAUCUCUGCAUGCUAUAGUCUGUUUCCAUUUUUUGUUGCGCUGAUUGGAUGUAGGACCGUCCAGCUGGUCCGGAGGGAAAUGACUUGAGAGGUUCAGUCCAACACCUAACAUGCAUUUGCAGAAUAAGUCUGAAAACAUAAAAUAUCCAUCACCUAGACGUGUCUUUAUGUUUGUGGUGCUCCAGGGUGUUCAUCUUACUUAAAGCUUAUAUAACAUCUUUUCAACACACGAAAUAUGUUCGGAGCUGUGUGUUGCUUUGUGUGUUGUGUAAGUGGCUCCUAAAAACAAGUCUCCCAUACACAUUUACCAGGGUCAGGACUAAAGAAAGAAAAGAGGACAGUUUGUCAGGUUACACAACAGUACUGUUGCAUGUGGUUACACACUCAUAUCAGAUUCAGAUUCAUUGUUUGUUGUCCUAUACAGAGGGAACACAUAUUUAAUACUUGAAACUGGUAAUAUCCAAAAACGGAGCACAAGCAGACAAGCACAUUACAAUAUACAAGUCUGUUACCGUGUGCCCAGGUUGUUUAGGGCGGAGAUGGCAGCCGUGUCUGAAAGGAAGCUUUAAAUGACUGUUGGGGUUUCUGAGGUUGAGAGCUUUUGUUUGCAGCCACAGGACCACAAAACAAAACCCGAAGAUUUACAGAUGCUUUAUCCUGUCCAUCAUUUCAUAGUAGGAAAAUGUUACCAAGGAUUUUAAUCAUGUAAUCACGUCAUUCAUGACAGUGUGACAGUGACUCAGCAUGCACAAUGACUAGUGUUGGGUACCGAAACCCGGUUCCACAAUGGAACUGGUUACAAUCGGUAGGAAUCGGACUGGAUUAGAACGUAAAUUCCACUUCUUCAUUUCGGUUCCACUUAAUAUAUCGACUGAAAUAUUUUCCCUCUGUUGCUCCGAAAUGGGCGUAAAAUCAUCACCGUUUCUCUGUGGUCUACCGUGAGCUAGCUACUGUAAACGUAAGCUGCUUUUAAAAUGCCGUGUUUUCUCUCUGGGCUCUGGUUCAGAGGCGUAGCA